GAAAGAGAGAGAAUCAUUCUGUUCAUCAUGAUCAUGAUGAUCAUCAUCAUCGUUCCGUCUCUGUUUAGUUUGUGUGUUCGAAUGGUGUUCGGCAUGUGUUGCUCUCGCAUCUCUCUCUCUCUCUCUCCCAAUAGGAAUCUCUAGUCCGUCUUCGUCUUGGUUCGUCCCCUCCUCACCGCACCGUUCCUACGUUCUUCGCCCCGCGCCGCCCGCACUCGUCUUUUUUCGUCGCAUUCACACCACUAUAACAACCUGUGACGGAACGCGCAGGAGCUCAGUCGCCGUUCGAGAGAGUCGCAGUGUGUUGCUGCUGCUUCUGCUGCUGCUGCUGACGGUCAUGUAAAAUUCUCGAUACGCAAACUACGAACGAAACAGCUCGUUCAUCUCAUCAAACAACAACAAUAUAUCUGUGUGCAUAAAACCGACAAGUGUGAGAGAAGAUGUAGAAAGUCGUACGCCACAACAACAACAAUAAACCCUAAUCUGUGAUAUGUUAUUAAGAAGUAUGUUCGAGAAUAAGUCUUCUUCGUAAAGAAGCUGCUGCUGCUGCUGCUAGACGGAAAAAGUGAUCCAGUGCGAUUUGGACCAAUAUGUUACGUAACUGAAAUACUCUGUGAUACGCGUAUAUUCGUUAAGCCGAAAAAACAUCGUUUAGGUGUUUCGUAAAUAUACUUAUCAAAAAGACAAUGAAAAACGGGCAGACGACAAUGACUCGAAGGAAGAACAGACUCAUGAGGGCCAAAAAACAGAACGUGAGGCGGUGUUACUGCGAAGGCCACUGUCCGCAUGGACAGAUGAACGGGACGUGCGAGAUCAAACACGGCGGACAAUGUUUUGCCGCCGUAGAGGAGGUCCACGACCCGGACACGAACACCUACGAACCGGAGGUCACGUACGGUUGUCUACCAGCCGACGAAAGGGGUCUGAUGCAGUGUAAAGGUUAUUUGGUGCCACAUCUGCAUGGCAAAUCGAUAGAAUGCUGCGACAGCGAGGAUCUGUGCAAUCAAUUCCUGAAGCCACACUACGAGGCGAGAACGACGACGCCGGAGCCCUCGAUCCUCGAUCAGGUGGACAACACCAUGUUCGUAACGCUGCUGGCCUCGUUGACGGUCGGCAUAACGAUCUUCCUGCUGGUGAUCACAGCAUUCUGCCUGCGACGGAGACGAAAGGAGAACCGCAACAAGAACUACUACACGAAGAAGUACCCAGACAAGAUGCCGCUGGACGUCACGCUGAACGGCACCCUCUCGAACCUGAUGGAACAAUCGAGCGGAUCCGGUUCGGGUCUGCCCAUCCUCGUGCAGAGGACCAUCUCCAAGCAAAUUCAGAUGGUGCAGUCGGUCGGCAAAGGUCGGUACGGCGAGGUGUGGUUGGCCAAGUGGAGAGGCGAGAAGGUCGCCGUCAAAGUGUUCUUCACCACCGAAGAGCAGUCGUGGUUCAGGGAGACGGAGAUCUACCAGACGGUGCUGAUGCGACACGAGAACAUCCUCGGAUUCAUCGCCGCCGACAUCAAGGGGACCGGCUCCUGGACGCAGAUGCUCCUCAUCACCGAUUUCCACGAGCACGGCUCCCUCUUCGAUUACCUGCAGACGAACGCGCUCAAUCCGAACUCCCUGCUGACGAUGGCCUCGAGCAUCGCGAGCGGUCUCUCGCAUCUGCACACCGAGAUCUUCGGCACUCAGGGUAAACCGGCGAUCGCUCACAGAGACAUCAAGAGCAAGAACAUUUUGGUGAAGAGGAACGGCGAAUGCUGCAUCGCCGAUUUCGGUUUGGCCGUCAAAUAUUUGAGCGACGUGAACGAGAUCGACGUGCCGCCGAACGAGAGGAGCGGCACGAAGCGAUACAUGGCCCCCGAGAUACUCGACAAGUCGAUAAACAUCAACAGUUUCGAGGCGCACAAAAUCGCCGACAUGUACUCGUUCGGUUUGGUGCUGUGGGAGAUGUCGAGACGUUGCACCACAGGUGACAAGAUCGCCGAGUGCGAUCCGUACGAGGUGCCGUACUACGACGUCGUCACCAACGAUCCGAGCUUCGAGGAUAUGGUGCAGGUGGUCUGUCUGGAAAGGUACAGACCGCGCAUCCCCAAACGCUUCGAGACCGACGACGUCCUCAUCACCACCUCCAAGAUCAUCCAAGAGUGCUGGCACAACAACCCCGCCGUCCGUCUCACCGCUCUGCGAGUCAAGAAGACCCUCUCCAAACUCGACACAGACACGACCAUCAAAAUUGUUUAAGCAAAACACAAGUGUCGGAUCAAACGAAAUUGCCGUCGCAGUCGCAGAGAAGCGCGCGCGCGCGUGCUAAUGCAUAAAGACCGUUUCCCUCCUCCAACAAAAAGUCAAGCGAAUUGUCUUCCAAUAGAUAAACUCAAAAAAUAAAAAUCAAUCAGUAUCUUAAAGAAAACAGAAGUGAGCGCGCGCGCUUAUGAGGUCUUCUUCGGCUUCGAGAAGUAAAUCAGCUUUACCUACCAGAAUUUCGAACAAUAAUUUGUACGUCCCCAGAAUGUAAAUACAAUUAAUUAAAACAUAUAAAUGAAAGGAAAAAAAACAAUAAUUUAGGGGGGAGAAUUUUGUAAAUGUACGAGAGAGAGAGGUAAACAAGAACAAUUACUUUUGUUGUAAAUAUUAAUUUUUAAGAAGAGAUUAUUAUUAUUAUUAUAUUGUAAUGUAAUUCGUGUAUGUAUAUAUAUAUCUACAACAUUAUAUGCGAAUGUUAUGUGCGUAUGCGUGUGUACGGGUCGUCAUCAUUGCCAUGGCGAUGAUGAUGCGAAGGGGAUUCCCCGGCCUCCGCCAUAUAUAUAUAUAAUAUAUCUAUUAUUUUUCGUCCGAUCGAAAUGUUAAAAAGAAGAAGCAACAACAACAACAACAAUUCCUAUUUCAAUUGUGCCAUUACUUUGUUUAACCAUGUGCGUGUGUAAAUAAUAUUUGGGAUGAAGAUGAAGAAGAAGAAGAGGACGAAUAGCAAUUGCAGGGGAAUCACCCAAUCACCAUAGCAACGAACCCCAAGUGAUCCAUCAUCUCCCUCCUACCAUAUCCACCGCCCCCUUGAUAAAACAAUAUACGUUCUUCUUUCCACCAAAGCCACCCUCGACCCACACCCAUCACUUGUUAAAACGUGCACCGAAGAACCGUUUUCCCUGGAGAGAUGGAGACGAUGCAGAAGAGUGACGCAAAUCGUUAAGAAGAGAGGAAAAAUCCGACUCGCUGCUCAAUCAAUUUUCCCCCCUCUAUUGACGUUUCGAUUCGUUGUUUGGCGAUAGAAACACACACCAGAUUCAGUUGCGAAUUGAUGAACAUACAAGAAACAAACAAACAAAACAAAACAAAA